CAAAAACGUAUAUGGCUCGUGCCUCACUUUUCUUAUUUCUUUCGACCCUCAAGGCCUCGAGGCCCUCGACUCUCUCUCCCCCCUCCCUCUUUCUACGUAUCAGCAUUCUUCAGCACCAGCAGGGCAUUAAUCGGUGCAGGGAGACAAACACAGUUGAGGAAGUUGAUGGAUGUGAAGAAACGGAUUUGGUGAUGGAAGAUUUGGAUCGAGCUGAUGAACAGACAUUUAGGGUUAAUUUCAGUGGGGGUGGAGUGGUAAAGCUGCGAGAGAGAGUGAAGGAAAAGCUGAAAGAGUUCAUGGGGGACUACACCGAUGACACUCUCGUGGAAUAUGUCAUUGUUUUACUCAGAAAUGGCAGGCAUAAAGGAGAGGCGAGGAAUGAGCUGAAUGUAUUUUUGGGGGAUGAUAGCGAUUCUUUUGUAUCCUGGCUCUGGGAUCAUCUCUCUUCAAACUUACAUCUAUAUGUACAACCUGGAGAAACUUGUCAAGAUGAAGUGACUAAGACAAAGCCUGUAUUGGUUGAACAGACAGAAAGAUAUGAUCCUAAGGAUCUAGAUUCUGAAUCUGAAAGGGAGAACUUAACCAAGGAACCUAGAAGCCGACGGAAUAGGGAAUGGAAAGGACUAGUGAGAGAUGUAGCUGAGCCCCCUCCUCUUCGAAGCUCAGAGAUUGGUGAUUUUCACUCAGGCAAGAAGACUCACGGAGGAUCUGGUCGUAAUAAACGAUCACACUCUCCCAGACCUUCACACCCAAGAAAACGGAAUCGACAAGAUGAUCGGCAGCCAACAAAGAGAGAGCUAAACUCCCAUCCAACCAUUGAUGCCCCUCGCCGGUUGCUUCAAUUUGCUGUGCGAGAUGCAGUUGGGACUUUAAGGCCAUCAAAUGCAAGAACAGAGUCAGCAUCAAAACGUCUUCUUUCUGUGGUUUCAACAUCCACAGGAGAUUCGUCCUUGGGUGAUACAUCACAGAGGAUAAGAUCGGUUGCAAGAGUACCAAGUACAAUGAAAAGUGCAAUUAAAGCAGCAGCAGAAGCUGCUGAAGAUGUAACAAAGGUUAAAUGUUCAGGAAAUGUAUUCAACCGACUGGGACGGGGUACGAAUGUGUCAGGGGCAACAGUUCAAGCAUCAGGGUAUGAAAUACCUACUUUGGAGAACAGAGAAUAUAGAGAUCUUGACCAAGUUGGAGGAGUGGCUGACUCAGAUUAUAUGCAAAGACAUGAUUAUGGUGAACUGACAGGGAAUAUGGCAAUGUUGGACAGGGGAGCUGUCUUGACAUCUGAUUCUGUAUCUGAUAAUGAUGGUUAUGAUGAUGUUGUGGAUCACAGGGUUAUAAAUGCUUCUCAGACUGAUACAUCUGUUGGAGACAAGGAUGGAGAUUCACUGAUGGUGCAGUACAGAGUAGCUAAAAAUACAGAUGAAGCUGCGAGGAAAACACGAAUGAAAGAUCAGGAUCCAUCUUUGGCAGCAAACACUUCUCGUAAGAUUGUGAAGAUCUCGGUGAAUGUAAAUACAUGGAAACCACCACACUAUGAGGCUCCAGGGGAGGUUAGAGACACAGAGUAUAGGAAAACAGCACAUGACAGCGGGGUGGGUGAAGUUAAGCCUGGUAUUCGGUUAAUGAAAGAGAAGAACAAUGUUGCAGCUAGUAUUGAGAAUGAAUCACCUACUAUGCAGGCUCCUCAGGAAUCUCAAAAGACUGUGCCCCCUGCCACUUGUUCAUAUUCUACCAGUCAUCCUUCGGAGGAUGCUGAUUCUAGGACCAUCUUUGUCAGCAAUGUUCAUUUUGCUGCCACCAAGGAUACCCUUUCUCGACAUUUCAACAAGUGUGGUGAAGUUCUUAAGGUUAUUAUAGUGACUGAUGCAGCAACAGGGCAACCAAUAGGGUCGGCCUAUGUGGAGUUCAUGCGGAAGGAGGCAGCGGAGCUUGCACUGUCUCUAAAUGGAACCUCUUUUAUGUCACGCAUUCUGAAGGUUGUGAUGAGGACCUCUGCUCAUCAAGAAGCUGCUCCCACGACUUGGCCCCGAAUGGCACGAGCCUUACCAUUUGCUGCUAGGCUUGCCAGGGUUCCAUUUCCCAGAGGCAUGCCAGGUGCAUUCRGGGCCCGCCUCCCAAUUAAAACAGGUGCUCGGAGCUUGCAGUGGAAGCGAGAUGCUCCAGUGACUACAACUGGUGAGGGUGCUGUUAAUGUUCAGAAUGGAGUGACACCCUCCAGCAAUGUACCUUCUCCAACUGGUCGGAAUCUCACAUAUGUUCGAACAGAGCCUAAACCAAGUGGUAGUUCGGGUCCAGCUUAGUUCAACAUUGUUCUGGGGCAUCAUGCAACCUUUUCUUGGCAAGCCAAAUUGAGUCCCAUUACCAUUACCCAGCCCGGAUUGAUAUAAACUUGGAAAGCAGCAGACUCACAUCAGAGUUUUUCCCAGCCAGCCAAAAUGAGUCCCAUUACCAUUACCAUUACCCAACCUUUUCUUGUGGUGGAAGUGAAUGAAGAAGGGCGGAGGCGAUGUCUCUCUUUCAAUUUUUUUUGUUUUUUUGGGGAUCCAGGAAAAAUAGAAGGAUAUCUUGAUGGUUGUCAUUUUGUUUAUUUAUUUUUUUCUAUGUGAAUUGUUUUCCACUUUUCCCCGAGGCCCGGGCAAGUGCUGAGAGCGGUGUAGAAAGAUAUGUGAAUAUGGAGGGAAGUAGUCCCCGGGAAAUUGGAGACAUUCUUCAUGCAUUCAUGCCUUUGAUGUGUGAAAGCCCCUUGGUUGUUCAUCUGCGAAACCACAGCUUAGCUUGUGUCUGCUUUAUUUGGCAAGGAUACAUUCACCCAUCCACCCUGUAUACCCCCAAUAUCAGCAUGUUUAAUAUUAUCUUGUUAGAUGAAAUUUCGUUACUAUUCUCCAAUAAAAAAAAGAAUAUGGUACA